AUGGGCUCAGGUGUCACACCUACAUCUUUUAGAGCAGAUGCUCGUGGGGGUUCUAGCACACCGCACAGUGACACGCAGCAUUUCCGUGAAGAAAACGGAGUUUUACUUGAGGAGAUGCAGAGGAUGCGAGAGGAGCGUGAAGCGGAGAAACUUCAGUCACGGAGAGAGCGCGAAGAAGCAUUACUCGAGCGUCAGAUGGAGCGUGAGGAAGCACAAAAGCAACGUCAAAUGGAGCGCGAAGAAUUACAAAGGCAGCGUGAAAUGGAACGUGAAGAAGCUCGAAGGGAGAGACAACAAUCAUUUGUAGAGCGUGAUAGAAUGCGGGAUGAGAUGCUUGAGAUGAGGGAGACAAUGAACUUCUUAUUAUCCAUGAUUCCCGGUGCUCGCCCUCCACGUCCACCUGCCCCUCCCACUAGAGAUGAUGCCCCUUCGACUAGUGAUGAUGCCCCUCGCACUUGA